UUCGAGCGAUCCAUGGCAUAAUUCCCUAUCCACCAAAAUAAAUUAUUUUAAUAAAAAAUAAAAAAAAUAACCAAAAAAAAUCAGACCAGGGGAUGAAUCCCCCUUUCUCCAUUGCCCAUUUUCUCUGUUCAACAAACCCCCUUUCCCAUUUCAACACAUCUCCCAACACAAACAAUAAUAAACCAAAUCAAUGAAUAAUCUUCAACAAAAUUGAAAAUUUCAAAGCCCCAUAUAGCUAAAAAUCCAAUCUUUACACUACAAUUUUGAUUCUUGAUUCUUGAUUCUUGAUACCAAUAUCAAAUCAAUCUUUCCAUGAAUAAUCUUCAAGAAAAUUGAAAAAUUAAAAGCCCCAUAUAGUUAAAGAUCCAAUCUUUACACUACAAUCUUGAUUCUUGAUUUAGUGGCGAUGCGCCAAAGGAAGACAUCUGAGCUAAAAAGACCAAGAUCCGACAACCUUAAACAACCCGAAACCGACCCACCUCGUUAUCGUGGUGUCCGUAAACGACCAUGGGGUAGAUUUGCAGCAGAGAUUAGAGAUCCGAUUAAAAAAACUCGGGUUUGGUUAGGCACAUUUGACACGGCUGAGGAUGCUGCACGCGCUUAUGAUGAUGCUGCACGCGCUCUACGUGGUCCAAAAGCCAAAACUAAUUUCAAUAAUGUUUUGAAUUUAACACAGGAUGAUCAGGAUGAUGGUAAUAAUAAUAAUGGGGUGAAUCAAUUUGAGCUAUUUCCAAGACAGGCUUGUAGUAGUAUGAGUAGUACAUUGGAAUCAUCUAGUGGUGGACCACGUAGUGGAUUGGGUAAUAAUAAGGUGAUCUUGACGAGGAUUAAGAUUCCUCGUCCGGUUCUUGAUGACUGUAGGAGUGAUUGUGAUUCGUCGUCGUCUGUUGUUGAUGAUCGUUGUGAUGGUGAUCAAACGUCGUUGUUUUUGGACAAACAACCUUUGCCGUUUGAUCUGAAUUUGCCACCUCCAUCAGAUGGGAUUGAUGUUGAUGCUGCUGAUGAUUUACAUGUUACCGCGUUAUGUCUCUAGUAUGCUAUGUUUGUUGUUAUGUUAAUCAAUUUGAUGAUGAUGAUGAAGAACGAAAAAAAAAAGAUCUUUUUUUUUUUUUUUUAGUUUUCUUUUGUCGAAUUAACGUGCGUUUUUUUCAAAUUUUCGUCGGGAGGAAUGAUGUGUAAUCAAAUGGUGGAUGAUGAGAAACAAAAUGGAUGUUUUUAGAUUAUGUGUAGAUUAGUGUAAUGAGUCAUGAUGCGAUCUGUAUUAAGAAAGAUUGUAUCUGUAUUUGUAAUCUGUACCACGAAAAACAUUGGAUCUGAUCUUGAGUCACUAUCGAUCUCUUGAUCUAGUUUUCCUUGCAAUAUUUUUUUCUUUUCGAUUUUACCUUUUUUGUAUAUAAAAAGUUGGAAUUUAUAAUAAAAAGUUAUAUUUACUCA